AGGGGAGAAUCCUGAAAAGCGAUGGCGUUUUACUUUGCUCUUAUGAAUAUUUCCAACGCUAGUCUUGAUAAUCCAACAAAACGUCGUUCAUCAUCCGUGUCACGAAAUCACCAAAUACAACGAUCCAACCAGCGACGUUGCACAUUCACUGCUUAUGAUGCUGACACUUUGUUCAAGCAGGAGGAACUGUCAUCUCAAAAUUACCGAAACAGACGUGAAUUUUAUGAAAAUCAGAAGGACUCAAAACUAAGAAAUGAUAUUCAAGAAAAGAAGGUGGUGUUCGAAAAAAGAGAAUCCGAAAAGGCAGUAAUCAAUACAAACAACUUUUUAGGAAAGCAUGCUUUUUCAGACAAACGCCACAAGACGGACGCGAAUAACAAGGAGAAAAAUAUUGGUUGGUAUGUGGAGCAUCUUGUAACAACAUUUCACAACACACGUUAUGUCGAAUACAAGCAGCGUAAUUUUGUAAAGAAAUCGUUGUCGAUCUGGAAGACAUAUUCCUGUGCGGAUGUCAUAGAUGCUUGGUUACCAAACACCAAAAGAUCAAAUUCCAAACAUGAAGCAAAAAUAAACGAGGGAUAUCCUCUCGGAUUAUCAGCUUAUUCCAAUCGCGAUCAACGAGUGAACGACCGAGGCAUUGCACCCAGUAUCGUACAGAAUGCUGCUAAUGAAUUAAUCGAACACAAAUUAGUCUUAUCAGCACCUCCAAGAAGACGAAAUUUCUGGAAAUCUGUCACCCUUUCACGACGACGAAGUGUCAGCAACAAUUAUUCAAAGUAUAAGUCGUCUUACUUCAAUCCUGGAUUCCACUUUGUGGAAGACGAAUUGGAAGCACUGGAGAAUGACUGCAACGCAGUUAUUCCAACUGAUGAGAAUUAUACCCUUUCAUCUUAUAUUUAUUCCAAAGGAUUACCACUUACCGAUGUUUCUCACCGAAUUUGAUAAUGCUAUUUCUGACAUUUAUAAGUGUGAGAGCAGAAACCGAAAAAUAAUCAUCACAAAUUAGAGAGCACAUCCUUUUCAUUUAAUUCAGUAAAUAUAU